AUGUCAGAGGAAGUUAUUUCAACGAAAAUCACGAGUGUCAACUAUCUGUCGGAAGAAGGUACCAUAAAGGACAGCAUUACGUUUGUUGCGGCAACCGAAACUUACAGCAACGAUUCCGAUGAAACCGUCGAUGCAGACGUGAAGCUCUCGUAUAAAGAAACUAGGAGCUAUACUUGGAGUUCUCAAUCAUCGAAACCUGCUGUGCCGAUUACGAUUGAAACUAAUCUUCCGGUCAUCGUAAACGAAAAAGUCGAACUAGUUGGACUCUUCAAGGGACCCUGCCAAUGGGGACAACCAAUGGAAUACCCGAAUCAAAUUGAUGUUAAAUACAAAAUUAAAGUGCCGCCUUCCGGAAAGGUAACGGUAAAUUUAAACGUUACGACGGUUGAAUGCGAUGUUCCCUUCCAUUACACUCGGAUCGAUAAUCUUGGCGAUGGAGAAGAGAAGAAAUACGAGAUGGAAGAUGGCACUUAUCAUUGUGUCAUGGAUUCUUUCAGCUUCAAUUAUGAGUAA